UAGUCGAUGACCACUCGCGCCGUAGCAGCAGCAGCAGAAGCAGCAGCAGCACCAGAAGGAGCAGCAGACUCUGCAGCAGCAGCAGCAGCAGCAGUAACAGCAGCAGCAGCAGCAGCUGAAAGAGCAGCAGCAGUAGCAGCAGCAACAGCGGCAGCAGCAGCAGUGGCAGCAGCAGCAGCGGCAGCAGCAGCAACAGCAACAGCAGCAGCAGCAGCAGCAGAAGGAGCAGCAGCAGCAGCAGAAGGAGGAGCAGCAGCAGCAGCAGCAGCAGCAGUAUCUACAGCCAUCCCCACCCGCCGCCGCUCCCUCCCGGCCACCGCGGGUGACAUUUACGACCCAGCUGUCCCUGACUCCCCUGCUCACUCUGCCUCAUCGCACCAGCAGCAGCAGCAGCAGCAGCAGCAGCAGCAGCAGCAGCAGCAGCAGCAGCAGGUGCAGCAGCGGAUGGAGCAGCAGCAGCAGCAGCAGCAGCAACAGCAGCCGCAGCAGGAGGUGCAGCAGCAGCAGCAGCAGCAGCAGCAGCCACAGCAGCAGCAGCAGCAGCAGCAGCAGCAGCAGCCACUGCAGCAACCUCAUCGGCAUCGCCGCACCACCUCUCUACAUUACUGACUGCCCUUUCCUCAACUUCAC